AUGACCUCGAAGGAUUUGCAGAACUUUAUUGGGGCAGUUUGCCCUCGAGCCGUCGACUUUCUUUAUCUCCGUAUCGAUUUUCAGAAUCAGUGCAACGUCGGAUAUGCGUUCGUUAACUUUAUUGAGACCACAGACUUGUUGAAGUUUUGUAAGCAGUGCUUGGGCAAGAAGUGGAACAUGUUCCAAUCCGAGAAAGUGUUGCAAAUGAGUUAUGCCAAUUACCAGGGAAAAUCAGCUCUCGUCGAUAAAUUUAGGAAUAGCGCUGUUCUGAACGAACGUCCUGAAUGGCGU